UUAAUCUGUCACAUAUCCACUGGCCUGUUUUAAACAUUUAAAUUCAUGGUCCAGUUGGAACAUUUAAGAAGCUGUAUGUAUAAGACUUUUGUCUUUUGACAGUAGGGUGGUAAUAUCAGAUGCUAAGAAGUCUUUUUGUAGACAUUCUACUCUUUUAUCAAGACUGUUGAAAAUAACUUGAUUUAUGUAAAAUAUUUUUAUUCCACACGUUGUCACCAUGAAGCCUUUUCAUGAUUAACUGUUUUUAGAUACCUGGGAAUACAUGUUAAAGUAUAGUGAAGCCCAAACCUAUUCAUACUCUUAGCAGCAUUUAAAGUUAUUUUACCAAGAAACAUGUAGGAAAUAUUAAAUGUUCAUGUUACAGCCCUUUAGCAUAAAUACAGUAUGCACAGAGAUGUAAAUUUGUUUUUAAAAAAACGUUUUUGUUUCAACACAAUAAUUUAUAUCCUUUUUAAUAGUCAAUAUUUAUUGGCAGUUCCGUAACAACAGCUUCUUCUUCUAUUAGCCAUACUAUUCCAUAGUUUUUACAAUUAAUUUGUCAGCGACCAAGACCAACUAAUCCAGUUGUACUUUUAUUACCAUUUAAAACUCGGCAUCAGCGUCCAAGUAAGGAUCUCAUCAAGGCAUCCAGAGGUGAAUAAAUGCUGGCCAGUCUGAUUGGUAACAACAGCAGUGUGUUGAGGUAUUCCCAGUUUACAGUUUGGACACUUGUAAGUUCUUCUCUGUUGAUCUUUAUAAAAUGCUGACCAUACUCACCCCUGACCUGUCUGAACAUUUCGCUUUUAAGUGUGAUCCUGCUGGGAGGAGAAGAUUCCUCUCAUCACACACGCUUUCCUGUAAGCUCCAGCCCAACCCUACACACACUUCUUUAUGUAGUCACCUAUUGCUCUUCUGAUGUUAAUGUGACAUUUCUCACCUGGACAUCAGGGCUCCACGUCUCUCUCCUGACAAAAUGACAAGAAAAUGUGAUUUAAUGAGAAUUUAGGUGCAAGUUAGACUGAUUUAUGAAACACAUUGAAAAAAAAAAAACUGUGCUACAUAUCAAGAAAGUCUUUCAUUUAAUGUCUGGGCUAAUUCAAGUCUUCUAUGGAGGCUCCUUUAAACACUUUAGCUAUUUCAAACUUAAAUUUCUCCUGCUCAUUCAUGCUCACCCACGCAUGCAGAGCAGUUGAGUUUCUCAUCUCAUCCGAUCAUGUGCUCGGAUCCAAUAAUCUGCGCUGAAUAAAUAGAAAAGCAUUCACGCCUUCUGUUUAUCAGCAUGCUCACAUAAGUGUUGCUCACACUCUCAGGCGUGAGCCACUUGCAGAUUUGUUGAAGAGGAUAAACUGCUGGACAGCCACCCGUCUGGCACAGCAAUGCUACACUGACGAGACGGCGUCCGCAUCAAUAUGUGUCUGAAUGUGCUUUCACCUUGGUCUCCUCUUUUUUUUUUUCUCCUGGUUGCGUUGAGCUGUAACUGUCAGGCCAGACAAAGUUUUACUUCAGGGUUUUUGAAGUAAAACGUGGAGUAGUUGGAGGUCUUACAGACACAAACGACUCCAAGAGAGGAAACAGUUUUUUAUCUACACCAGAGGCCAUGUCUGCAGCUCAAGUUUCGGUGCUGAUAUUUCUUCUGAAUUAUGUCGGAUCUUUUCACGGGAUAACCACUCAAGCUGGAUUCAAAUCAAGCCCAGAAAACCGGACUGGUUUCUCUGAGCCAACCGUGAGAACUUUCCCUGCUUCACACAUACAUGAUGGACACAUAAAAGCUUUACUACAAACCCAGAACAUUGUGGAAACAAUGUCUAUAAGCUCAACCAGUGGAGAUGGCGACAAACCAGACAUUGAAAGAGACAAAGAUUAUGAAGGCAGGAAUCCUGAACCACAUCCUGUGUCUUUGACUGAGGAGGAGCUUUUUAAAUCUGAUGUGGAGAACCAGGGGAGUCGAUGGAGCUCUGAAGACAAGACCAGGAGUCCGACUCCAGGGAAACAUCAGUAUGAGUUUCAUGCAGUCGAUGGCAGCUUCACAAGUGGUAUUGUGUCUGUCGCAGACAGUGUUGAGGCGACUCUCUCAAGCCCUGAUAUUCAAUCUGAGAAUCCCACAGAAACAAUCAUGACAGAAGUUUUUUCUAACAGACCGCAUGUUGCUCCCACUUCUACUUCUGUUUCCACCACUGAAUCAGGCCCUCUUGUCUCCAGCUCACUCCUCUCAUAUAAGAGUGGAGGAGACAUGAAGGAAGUAAGAAAGAAAUCACCAUCAUCACUUAUCACAUUGCCACUUUUUGCAGGCACAACCUCAUCCCCAGAAGACUGCAGAGCGAAACAGGAGCAGGAACAAAAAGAAAAGGCAGAAUCAAAGGAUUUAUCUGCACCUCAGAAAGAUCCAGCUUCAAACCUGACCUUUAUUACUAGCAGAAUAUUAAAGGGAGAAGAACUGAACACUACUGACUUUGACGCUAAGUUGGAUAAUACUUCAGCCAGUGAGAGAAGGGAAAAAGUAAAAAUGGGUAAUCAUCUAGAAGCUGUUUAUCCUAAAGUGAAUGCAACACAACUUCCACAAGCAGGAGGAAAUGAAAGUGCAGAUACAGAUUAUGGUGAUGAAGAGUUAAAGAGGGAGGAGGAAGAUUUGAAACAUCCAACAAUGGAAGCUACAGUAUUUGACAAUGAGGAUGUCAAACCUCACCAUCAGUCCUCAUCUGAUUUAAUCUUUAAUUCUGGAGUCAAAUCCCAGACUGAAACGCCACAACAGGCUGCUCAAGCAGCCAAUCAGGCCUCAGACAUCAAAUACAGAGAAGUACAGGCAAAACCCAGACCAGGAAUCAGAGGUCAAAGGGGACAGCAGGGUUCACCAGGAUUACCAGGGCCACCGGGAACUAAAGGAGACAAAGGCUACCAAGGCGUCAUGGGCAGGACCGGACAGACCGGAUACAGAGGCCCAGUUGGGCCACCUGGGAUGUCCGCCAUUGUUGUGUUCAAAACCUCUGAAGACGAGUGGGAGGCUUUCAAGGAAAAAAAAAUCUACAAGAAGCUUGUAUCUUCUUGGCCGAAACGUAAAGGACCUCCAGGCCCACCUGGACUUCCUGGAGAAGAGGGACCAGUUGGGCCACCAGGUAUUGCUGGGAAGCAAGGACCAAAAGGAGUUCCAGGGAAAACUGGGAGACCAGGACCACAAGGUAUGCCGGGUCCACAGGGUCGACCUGGAGAAGACGGCACCCCAGGACGAGAUGCUGAAUCAGGCCCCACAGGCUUCCCUGGAGAACAGGCACUGACGCUCACAAACAUAAAGUUUCUGGAUUGUGUUUUCGCUUUUCCACAUAAUAAGUAGAAAAAUGCUUUGGCACACUGGAAAAGCUGCUGUGAAAUGAUAAAUAGUUACAGUUAAUUGUGUUACAUGCACAGU